GACAACACCUAACAAAUGAUACAUCACUUUUGAUUUUUUCAGAAAUAAUAUUUAUUUAUAUUUGAUGACAAAAAAUAUAAAUUCAGUCAAUAAUAAGGAUUUUAAUGUUUUCAAAAUGAUGGCUCAAUUAACUUAUAUUCAGCUAAUUAUAAUUAUUUUUACAUUAUCUUUCAUCCCAUUUAUUGUUAGCACAUGUAAUGAAGAAGUGCACAAUUGUUUGGAUAAAUUUGCUUCAAAUUUGGAAACCCAUAAAAAACAUCAGUUCCAGAGUACAGACAGUCAAUUAAGUGAUAUUUGCGAUGCUCAAAAUGGUAUAUACUCGGGGUUUGUCCAGUGCAUCACCAAAACGGCCGACUCGGACGGUGCCUGUGCUACGGACAUCAAUUUCCGACAAUACGUUUGCGAAACCCGUAAGCUUAAGAUGCGGAUCAAUCGAUUCAAUUGGAAACCGACUUUCUUUCAUCGACUCUGUCAUAACCCGACAUCAGAUUUAAGUCAAGGUUUCAUAAGACAUGAGGAAUGCAUUAGUGGUAUAUUUAACACUCGGAACUGGAAAUGUGAUGUCAACUAUGAUAAGCCCAUUAAGGCUAUUAAGGAGUGGAAAAACAAUAUCAACAUGACUUGUAGUUUGUGGACAAAGUUUCGCUACUGUAGUCAAAUGGAUAUCCGGCAAAAGUGUGGACCGGAGGCCGCAAUAAUAGCCGAUCAGCUGUUCCACAGUCAUCAGUCAUACUUUGAGAAAUAUAAUGCCUGCCAACUGGAGGGCGCACCCAUUGAACAGUGUUGGUUUGAUUUGCUGAGGACUGCACCGACUACUAUGCCCACCACACUAACCACUGUAAAGACUAUCGAAAGUCAAACAUUUUCAAAUGACAACAACAAUGGCAAAGAAACAAUUGACACAAAUGUUGCAAAUAUAGGAUCCAAUGAUCUAUCCGAUGACCAAUCCAUUAGUGAAAACUGGUUGAGCUCUGAUAAUGUUAAUAGCAAUUAUAGUACCGGUGAUGAUGAAGAUCAUCAUCAACAACAACAACAACAACAUCAGGAUAACAGUUUAACCAGUAGUCAAACAAAAGAUAUGUCGCCUAAAAUUUUAGGACAAUUGACCUCCGGAUCAAUUGAAUACCAGAGAGUUAAUACAUUGAAGACAUUUUUUAUUUAUUAA